AUGGCAGAUGGCUACGCGAGAGUCUCCGGCCGGGCGCAAGCUGUCGUAGUCCAUGUCGACGUGGGCACGCAAGCGCUUGGACAGGGCCUACACAAUGCAAGCGUCGGGCGGGCGCCUGUGUUCAUCUUCGCCGGAAUGUGUCCCUAUACUGAGGCUGGGGAGAUGACGGGGUCACGGACAGAGUAUAUGCACUGGCUGCAGGAAGCGCCUGACCAGAAAGCCAUCGUUCGCCAAUAUUGCAGAUAUACUGGCGAGAUCCGGACAGGCCUCAACGUCAAGCAGACCGUUGCACGUGCGCUGCAGUUUGCAAACAGUGGACCAAAAGGACCAGUCUAUGUUGCCAGCGGACGAGAAACACUUGCGGAGGUAAUCGAGGAGCCUUACCAGUUGGAUCAGGAACAGUGGAAAGCCCCUUCAUUCCUGGAACGCGAAAAAGUUCUUGCGGAUAGUCAUAAGCAGAAACUCGUCGAAAUCGCGGCACGAUGUCACUUGGGCGACGAGCAAUCUCUCGACGCGAGCAACAUUGGCCAUCUUCUCAAGCAAAUCCUUCCGGACACAACGGUAUUCGUGAUCGAGGCUGUGACAUGCGGGCAGCUUCUCUCUGAUCAGAUUCAGGCCGACCGACCUGGCAGUUGGAUCAAUUGCGGUGCAACUGGUAUUGGCUGGAGCAAUGGUGCAGCACUAGGUGUCAAGAUGGCCACAGACGACGCUGCCGUCACUAUGGAAAGUGCGCAUAAGCCAACGCUCAUCUGCCAGGUUGUUGGAGAUGGUAGCUUCAUGUGCGCAGCACCUUCGAGCGCGUUGUGGGUCGCCUCCAAGUACAAAAUACCCAUCCUUACAAUCGUACUCAACAAUGGUGGUAGGUCUGCUAUCGAACAACUUGCUAUAUGCGCGCUGACAUUCUUACCAGGCUUCAAGGCUCCAAAGAACUCAACCGCCUUGGUGUAUCCUGAUGGAUUGAAUCAGGGAGCGACUGAUGAUGAGAUGAAUAUCUCCUUCAGGCCAUCUCCGAACUAUGCUGCACUCGCAGAAGCAGCUACUGGAAGCCAGAGUUCGAACGUCUCGACGCAGGAUUCGAAUCAUUGGAUGGAAGGCGUACGAGUAGAUUCCGUAGCGUCGUUGAGGAAAGAGCUGGGUAAGGUUUCACAGAGAGUGCUAGAGGCGAAAAAAGGCAUGUUGAUUGAGGCCUUGAUAGCUUAG